UUCAACUGUAUGCAGCAUUAACAGUAAGGACUUUUUGUACUGUAUUUAUGUUUUUUUGUUUGCAUGAUAUGUGUAACGACCGGGGGAGGGAGUGACAGAUACAACUGAGGUAAGAUCCAACAUGCAGGUUUGUUCAAUGUACAAACAGGUAUAUGUAGACAAAUAUAGAGUCGUAAUAAAAGUACAGGCAAUAGGUUGUAAGGCUGGUGGCUAAACAGGAUAACUAGGGUAAACAAGGCUAGGAUCGAGACACGGAGAAACAAGAUAAGGACCCGGAGAGUGGAGCUGCAGUGGCCCUGGAUCGUGCGACAGCGGAGGACCUGGAGCGUGGAGCUGCAGUGGACCUGGAUCGUGUGACAACAGAGGGCCUGGAGUACUGCGAGGAGCCGGCAGGGCUGGAGGCUUGUAGGGAGCCGGCAGGGCGAGGAGCCGGACUGGGAUCGGCAAGGCGAGGAGUCUAGAUGACGCCGGCCGGGCGAGCUGUCUGAAUAGCGCCGGCAGGGCGAGGAGCGGGGCUGGGACCGGCAGGGCAAGGAGCUGUGAAUGUUCAGGAAAACUGAAGCGGCGGCGGACAUUCGGAAAGCUCAGGCGGCGGCGACCAUUCGGGCAGCAUCGUCGACCCUGGCUGCGGAGCUGGCUACGACGUCGACUCUGGCUGCGGCGCUGGCUGCGGCGUCGACUCUGGCUCUGGGAAAAGCUCAGAGUGUCCACGAGUAGCUGAGCAUGGCCAUUAGCAGAGGUCUGCAUCAGGGGAAGAACAGUCUGCUGGAGCUUACCAAACAGAUCUGCUGCUUCCUGCAGAGUGCGCCUGAGCAGUUUACGCUGGAGGAGAUUCCCAUCACCGAGUCAAAGGUCAGCAUGGACGUCAACUUUUCCGGCUCGUCUCCUGCAAAGAGAGUCAACUCAAAGAGCGUGUCUCCCCCUCCUGGAGCAGUGCUGGUGUUGCACUCGUUGCUUCUUGAGUUUCCAUUGUCGAUGGCCUUCGCUGAACAGCUGCUAACCUACAGUGUAGGAGAAACCAUAGAGCGCUCUGAGGAUGAGCUGGACACGGUGCCCACUUCUGUGCUCAUUCAGGUCGUGGAGCUGCUAGGACGGGACCAGCAACCAGAUCCUGUGGUCCCCACGAGCCGCUUUAUUGAGCUGAAGACACUGCUCGUGAGCAAUCUGCACCCAAUGGUCACCGAACAACAGCUUAUUGAAAAGUUUGGUGCAUUGGGGUCCAUCUCGACUGUGCAAGUGUGCAGAAACAACAUCAUCUCUCCUGCUUAUGCCUUUGUGACUUUCCAUCAUCGACGUGAUGCAGUGCGAGCACAAAAAGCUCUGAACUUCACUGAUUUACUGAAUAAACCUCUGAUCAUCAUGUGGGGCCCAGACAAGACAAUUGAGGUCCUCUCAGAUAAUGACAGCAGCUCUCCAAGACAAACAGAGGAGAGAGAGACAGCUGGAGAAACAGAGGAGAGAAAGACCAGUGAAGAAACAGAGAGAAAGGCUGCUGGAGAUACAGAGGAGAGAAAGACCAGUGGAGAAACAGAGAGAGAGGCCGCUGGAGAUACAGAGGAGAGAAAAACCAGUGGAGAAACAGAGAGAGAGGCCGCUGGAGAUACAGAGGAGAGAAAGACCAGUGGAGAAACAGAGAGAGAGGCCGCUGGAGAUACAGAGGAGAGAAAGACCAGUGGAGAAACAGAGAGAGAGCCCGCUGAUGAAACAAAGGAGAGAGCGAACAGCGAGUCUUCAUGGGGAAGAAGGAUCUCCAACAAUGUGAAAAGUGCUGUGAAAGCUGCGGUGAGCAGUCCAGCAGCCUGGGUCGGAGUCGGCAUAGGUGUCUGUGCUGCUUAUGCCUACUUCAGGAGCAGGAGCUAGUGUGGACACAUUCUAAAAGACGAGAAGGCCUGCCUCACGAUCUCCACUCAUCAUCCCCAGAGUGACCAAUCACUGCUCCAGAAAGAACUUGAUUUCCCCAGCAGGCCAAACACUUGCAAUAAAUGUGAAUUGAAUAAAC